UCGUUUCUGAACAGAGCAGGUGUGGAGUUUAUCCUCGUGCUGUGAGAUACAAGAUACUUUACCAAAGACGCCGCAACACGACUGACUAGUGAUCUUUUUCUCUUUUUGCUCCCUGUGAGAAGCUGUCCAACAUAUUCAGCACUACAGUGGACACUACCAAAGAAAACUACUGUAAACAGCCCGCCAUGGCGUUAACUGUGAACUGGUGGACUCUGGUUUUGAGCGCCUGUCUCGUGCUGAUGGUUCGCGCUGAAUGCGGCAGAGACUGCGCGCUCUGCGUUUACCGGCUGUUCCGUCAACAGACAGAGAUCGACACACUGACCUGCUCAUUACAGUGUGAAGGGACAGUGGACUUCAGACAACUAGAAAUCUGCAAAAACAUCCUCAGUGAAAGGGAUCGCCUUGAAAUGGACAACCUCAAACAAGAGGAAGAGAGUGCAGACCAUCUUCUCGCCAAAAAAUAUGGUGGAUUCAUGAAGCGUUAUGGGGGCUUCAUGAUUAAGAAAGCAGCAGAGAUCGGCACAGGAGCCCCAGCUGAGAGUGAUGGCACAGAGGCCAUGAGUAAGAAAUAUGGAGGCUUUAUGAAGAAGGACAAGGCAGAAGGUGGAGCCGAAGACCAACAGGUGGAGAUGCUGAGAGAGAUCCUCAGGGUCGGUCUCACCUCAGAGUCAGAUGAGCAGCAUGAUGGGGACAUGGUCAAGCGCUAUGGGGGAUUCAUGAGGAGUGUACAGGGGAACAGUGGUCUAGGGGAGGCAGGGAGAGACCUGCACAAGAGAUACGGGGGGUUUAUGCGCAGAGUGGGCAGGCCUGACUGGUUGGACAACCAGAAAAGCAAUGGGUUUCUGAAACGCACUUGGGAGGAUGGAGGCGAGACUGCCCUGCCCAGCAUGCAGAAGAGAUAUGGCGGAUUCAUGGAUUAGAAUUUAAACAUGGACACCCAUCCUAAACAAUCUGUUCCUACUUUGUGUAGAGCUUGCACUGUAUUGUACUUGCGCUGUAAUUUCAUGUGAAGCCAUUUUUAAUUUAAAUUUAUUUUUGUCUGCUGAAUAUUCCUCCAUAAUGUACAGUGUACAUUUGUGUUCUGAGUGACUAGGGUUUGUGUUUUAAAAAAUGGAAAGAAAAUAUUUUCCCAUUUUCUGUGUUUACAGUGGAAUCACCCAUCAGAUGGGACAUUUGGUAAAGACAGAGGACAAUAAUCUAACCAUUUUCUGGAUCACAUCACCAUGAAUGAAAAAUACUUUUAACAUUGUUCACAUUGUUUCACAUCGCAUUGUUCUCUGAGAAUCUCAUCACAUUAGCUAGUGUGCUUCGCUCACUGAACAUUGUAGAUGAGGUUAAGUCUGCUGUCUGCACUUGAUAUGUUAAUGAUUAAUGCAUUUCUUUUAACAACUUUUCAACAGCUUUUGUUCUUGUUUAAAUCAAAGCAACAUUUCUGAGCUAUUAGCUGUACAGAAUACAAUAAA